AUGGAGGUGCUGCGACAAGUGCAAAAACUGCCCGCGCCAGCGCUGAAAAAAUUAGAUGCCAUCUUUGUGGCUAUCGGAGGGGGCGGGCUUAUCGCCGGGGUGGCGAGCUAUAUCAAGGCUGUAGCGCCGCACAUCAAGGUCAUAGGGGUGCAGAUGAACGACUCUAACGCUAUGGUGCAGUCCGUGGGCCAAGGUGAGCGCGUGGUGUUGAGCGAUGUGGGUUUGUUUAGCGACGGCACUGCUGUCAAACAAGUGGGCAAAGAGACUUUUCGCUUGGCGCAAACUUUGGUAGAUGAGUUUAUUGAAGUCAAUACCGAUGAAGCCUGCGCGGCAAUCAAAGACAUAUUCAUAGACACGCGCAGCGUAGUUGAGCCUGCUGGCGCUUUGGCAGUCGCUGCCAUUAAAAAAUACAUAGCGCGUCAUAAGAAGAAAAACGAGAGCUAUGCGGCCAUUUUGUGUGGUGCGAAUAUGAAUUUUGAUCGCUUGCGAUUUGUUGCAGAGCGCGCAGAUGUGGGGCAGGAGCGCGAAGCCUUGUUUGCAGUGACAAUGCCAGAAGAGCGGGGCAGUUUUCGCCGCUUUUGCGAACUAUUGGGCAAUUUGCCUGGUGGGGCGCGCAACAUUACUGAGUUCAACUACCGCAUGGGCGAUGGCGCCAAAGCACACGUAUUUGUAGGUGUGAGCACCGUAAAAGGCGAGUCCACAAAAAUUGCCAAAAUUUUUGGCUCGCAUGGCUUUGCCGCUCUGGAUUUGACCCAUGAUGAGCUGGCUAAGGAGCAUAUCCGUCAUAUGGUGGGGGGCAAGUCUGGCCAUGCGCAAGAAGAGAGGGUUUUGCGUUUUGAAUUUCCCGAGCGACCUGGAGCACUUUUGAAAUUCUUGAAUGCGCUGCAACCCAAUUGGAAUAUCAGCCUCUUUCAUUAUCGCAACCAAGGGGCGGACUAUGGGCGCAUUCUGGUCGGCUUGCAAGUGCCCCCCAAGGACUACAAAGCUUUUAAUGCGUUUUUAAAGAAGUUAGGCUAUCCCUACGUUGAAGAAACUAAUAACCCUGUGUUUAAGCUAUUUCUUCAAUAG